GCUAUGCAAGACAAAGGAUAUGAUGUAACGGGCAUGAAAUGUUCAACAAAGUUGCAGGCCUUAAAACGAACAUAUAAAUCAGUUAUGGAUCAUAAUAACAAAAGUGGGAAUAGUCGCAAAGAAUGGGAAUAUCUAAAAAUUAUGAAUGAAUUGUUUGCGGAUAAACCUUGGAUCAAACCUUUGGCUGUGGCAGGAUCAAAUAUGGAUGAAGAUGAGAAAGAGAAUACACCAUGGAAAACUGUAAGAUAA